UCCAACCAGUAGACGACACGUUCGUAUUGGGUGCAGAUGUUUGUUUACAUAUUGUUGCACGUUGUUGUUGAACCGUUGGUUAGUCGCAGUGAAGUGCACUAUUAACGGAAUUCCUUUAGAGAUCUUGCACUUAAACCUUCAUUGUGGCGGGGCGCCUGGUUAAACAUACUGUACGUUUGUUUCAGCCUUUUUUCUACGAACUGACCAAACCUCUGAGCAGCACCUUCUUCCUGGAUAGUGAUAUUGAGUCGGGUCGGCAGCAUUCCACUAUGUCGGUGGACUCGGAGAACAAUGGGAAAACACGAAGGCGAGGGCGGCCGAUGGAGAGUGUCGAGCACACGGACCUGGAGUCGGACUCGUUCUUCCCGCACAUCCCGCUGUCGACCUCGUGGGAGGACGGGAAGUCGGAUGGGUCGCAGCGGAAAGAGGGGUCGGACCUGAGUGGGGACCUCGGCAGCAUCUCCCUCCUCAUGUUCCUCUACAUUCUGCAAGGGAUCCCGCUGGGCCUGGCCGGCAGCAUCCCCAUGUUGCUGCAGAGCAGGAAGGUGAGCUACACAGACCAGGCAAUCUUCAGCUUCGUCUACUGGCCAUUCAGCGUUAAGUUGUUGUGGGCGCCGCUCGUAGACUCGGUGUACUCACAGUGGUUCGGCCGACGCAAAACCUGGCUCAUCCCCAUACAGUACCUCAUGGGUUUGUUUAUGCUGGUCCUGUCCACCCAAGCCAAGUCCCUGCUGGGGGACAGCGGCGGCGGUCCGGGCUCAGGGGAGGUGAGCAUCGUUCUACUCACGGCCAUCUUCAUCUGCCUCAACUUCCUGGCCGCCACACAGGACAUCGCUGUGGACGGAUGGGCCCUGACCAUGUUGUCCAGGGCCAACAUUGGCUGGGCCAGCACGUGCAACACCGUAGGCCAGACUGCCGGCUACUUCCUGGGCAACGUUCUCUUCCUGGCGCUGGAGUCGGCCGACUUCUGCAACAACUACCUCCGCAGCACCCCGCAGCCAGAGGGCAUCGUCACUCUCUCCAGUUUCCUGUGGUUCUGGGGUAUCGUGUUCUUUGUGACCACGACCUUGGUGGGCGUGUUGAAGCGUGAACACAUGGACCUGGACACAGACCCUGACCAGGGCGUGCUGGAGACCUACAAAAUCUUGGCCAAUGUCAUCCGUCUGCCGUCCAUCAUCUCCUACAUCGUCAUCCUCCUCACAGCUAAGGUGGCAUUCGCGGCGUCGGACGCGCUGACCAGCCUGAAGCUGAUCGAGGCGGGCAUGCCCAAGGAGCGGCUGGCCCUGUUUGUAGUGCCCGUCAUCCCCAUACAGAUCGCCCUCCCUCUGAUCAUCAGCAAGUACACGUCCGGUCCCCGGCCCAUGGAGAUUUGGCUCAAGGCUUAUCCCUACCGGAUGUUGAUUGGUGUGGCGUACUGUCUGAUCGUGUACUGGGCAGUGGUCACUCAGGUGACCCCAGGAGAGUUCCCCUGGUACUUCUACGUGGUGGCUCUGCUCGCCUACGGCAUUCAGCAGGUGGCGGUGUACUGUAUGUUUGUCUCUCAGAUGGCCUUCCACGCCAAGAUCAGUGACCCGUCCAUCGGGGGAACCUACAUGACGCUGCUCAACACCGUCGCCAACUUUGGAGGCAACUGGCCCAGCACGGUGGCGCUCUGGUUGGUGGACUACACCACCUGGAAGUCUUGUACCACGGGAGGGGAAUGUACUACCAAGGCUGACCUGACAAGCUGCGAGGCAGCGGGUGGCAGCUGUAGCACCACCAUCGAGGGCUACUACGUGCUGACGCUGGUGUGCACCGUGCUGGGCGUGCUGUGGCUGCGGCUGAAAUCCUCACGUUUACGACAGCUGGGCGAGUGCGACGAGCAGGCGUGGAAGUACAAGACCUUGGCAGGGGGAGCUAACUCCUCUUGACUUAUGCUCUCGGUAUAGGAUACACAAUACAAUGUUGUUGUCAUGUUUCUGAGUUCAGUCUUAAUUUUAACCCUCUGCUGACGUAAGAUUCUCUAGCUGCCCACACUGCAGGUACUGUUGGCAGAUACUGUCUAGCACACACACUGCGAUAUCGAUGCUGAGUGGAAAACUUUCAUUUUGUAUGAAUGUCACUAUGUAUCUGUUUGAAAUACACAGAAUAAUAUAUACAUUUACAUAUAUAUAA